AUGGCAUGCGUGCUCCUCUUCAGUCGACUUCUUCCCUUCUCACACCGGCUCAGAGGGACGUCCGUGUGCUUAUUAUCCCUUUUCCUUUCAUAUUUGUGCUACUGUGCUCUCUUCCCUGACAGCGCCGUCAUGCCAAAGUCAGGUGAUCCGACGCCAAGCUGCGAGCGCGCUGAUGGAGCCAAAAGGCUGCUUCAGAGAUCCGUCUCCUCCUGCGCCUCGCCGUUGGAUGCGAGGACGAGCAGCGUGGAGGCAUCUCGGCUGAAAACCGACCAAAGACCUCGUUCCUCUCUGCGCACCGACACGCCCAGCCCUCCCAUGAGUAAUUUAAAGUUUGGCAAUAAAAAGUUGCCCAAUGCCAUCAUUGUUGGUGUGAAGAAAGGAGGCACCAGAGCGGUUCUGGAGUUCAUCAGGAUCCAUCCGGACGUGCGCGCUGCUGGCACCGAGACGCACUUCUUCGACAGGAACUAUGACAGAGGCCUGGAGUGGUACAGAGGUCUAAUGCCAAGGACUCUUGAAAGCCAAAUCACAAUGGAGAAGACUCCGAGCUACUUUGUGACAAAAGAGACGCCGCACCGGAUCUCUGCCAUGUCCCAAGAUACCAAGCUCAUCGUGGUGGUGCGGGACCCCGUCACUCGAGCCAUAUCAGAUUACACCCAGACGUUGUCCAAAACCCCCGACCUGCCCAGCUUCCAGGAUCUGGCCUUCAGAAACCAGAGCCUGGGCAUUGUGGACAUGUCCUGGAACGCCAUUCGGAUCGGCCUGUACGCUUUGCACCUUGAAAACUGGCUCCGCUACUUCCCGCUGGCUCAGAUCCACUUUGUGAGCGGGGAGCGACUUAUCACGGACCCAGCGGGGGAGCUGGCUCGGGUGCAGGACUUUCUCGGGUUGAAACGCAUUGUCACCGACAAACACUUUUAUUUCAACCGCACCAAGGGCUUCCCUUGCCUUAAAAAACCAGAGAGCAGCGGUUCGCCUCGCUGCCUUGGCAAGUCCAAGGGCAGAACUCACGUGCAGAUAGACAGGGACGCCAUCGAGCAACUGCGGGACUUCUAUCGACCGUACAACGUCAAGUUCUAUGAAAUGGUGGGACAUGAUUUUAAGUGGGAGUAG